AAGUAGCCAAACACCUCCAUAUCUACCUCUGCGUCUGGUCUCGUAAAACCUUCCUAAAAAUCCCACCCCUCGUACCUCCUCUCUCAGAUCAAUCAACCAAAUGAAGCGAAGAUUUUUCAAAUUCUCAGACGCAGAGCUUAUCUGCCUCCGAAGACCUUCCCCUUCCCCGACUCCCAGAACCAUCACCACUUCUCCUUCCUCUUCAAUCCUUGCCAAGCCCCCUUUUUACAGAUUUUUCCAAUCUUCACCCCCCUCCAACUCCGCCUCCGCCUCCGCCAAACACCUCAUUUCCAACGUGAUCGGACUUUUUGUACACAAGCUCACUAUUAAUGAUAAUAGUGGUAGUAAUAACAAUAAUAACGACAUCAAAUCCAAGGAGAGGAAGGAUCCGACCAACAAGAUUUCUUCUCUGAGGAACAAUAAUAACGACCUCAAAUCCAAGAAGAGGGAGGAUCUGGUCAAUAAGAUUUCUUCUUUGAGGGACGAGCUGCUUCAAAAUGUUGACAUGGUUUUUCAGAUUUUGGAAGAGACGAAAAAAGAUGACCCCUCCUUGUUAACCAAUUCAUCCGCUUUUCUUGAGCUUUUGAAGCUCUUGCUUCUUUCUUCCCCUAAAUUAGCCCUCAAGAUUUUUAAUUGGAAAAGAACGCAAGCUGAGAAUGAUACUCCUAUGACAGCAGCGGAGUAUGCCAAGGGUAUUAUGAUUGCGGGUACAGAUAAGAACGUGGAUCUUGCAGUUGAGAUAUUUGAUGAGGCUAUAAAAAAGUGCAUUAAGACGACCAGCAUGUAUAAUGCACUGAUGACUACUUGUAUGUGUAAUGGUUUUGCUGGUAAAUGUGAAUCAUUGUUUCGGGAGAUGAAAAGGGACGUAAAGUGUAGACCUUCAGUUGUAACAUAUAACAUUCUUGUAUCAGUCUUUGGCCGCUUGAUGCUGGUUGAUAAAAUGGAGGCAAUAUUCAAGGAGAUGGAGGAUUCACGUAUUUCACCAAACUUGACAACAUACAACAAUUUAAUUAGUGGUUAUGUGACUGUUUGGAUGUGGGAUAGUAUGGAAAAAACUUUUCAAAUGAUGAAUGCAGGCCCAGUUAAGCCAGAUCUUAACACCCACCUGCUAAUGCUGCGAGGAUAUGCUCAUUCUGGGAAUCUGGAACAGAUGGAACUGGUGUAUGAAUUGAUAAAAGACCAUGUUAAUGCCAGGAGACUAACACUGAUUAGGGCCAUGAUCUGUGCCUAUUGUAAGAGUUCUAUACCAGAAAGAGUUCAAAAGAUUGAGGCACUGAUGAGGCUGAUUCCAGAAAAGGAAUAUAGACCUUGGUUGAAUGUUUUGUUGAUUAAGCUUUAUGCUGAAGAAGAUAGGUUAGAGGGGAUGGAGAACUCAAUAAAUGAGGCAUUUAAUCAUAGAAUCACUAUAUCAACUGUAAGCAUUAUGCAGGCUAUUAUCACAAGUUAUUUCAGAUGCAAUGCAGUUGAUAAGCUGACAGAUUUUAUAAAACGUGCAACAUAUGCGCGGUGGAGAAUAAUCCGGCCUCUAUUUCACUGUAAAAUGGUCAUGUAUGGAACACAAAAGCGCUUGGAUGAAAUGGAAAGUGUUCUUAUUGAGAUGGAGAAUUGCAACUUGCCCCGCACAAAAAAGACAUUUUGGAUAUUGUAUAAAGCCUACUUGAAUUGUGGUCAAUGGUAUAAGGUUGAGCAAGUAGCGGGAUUGAUGUGCAAGCAUGGAUAUGGAAAUCCUUUUGAUACAUCUCCAUUGUAAUGCACCCUAUUGAAGAGUUAGAUGUCAUGCAUCACAAAUUCUAGAAGACAUUCAACGGAUUGCAUGAAUGGUUCAUGCAACUAUCAAUCAAAUUGAAACUCCAAUGAUUUGCAGGUCUGCGUGUUUCAUACCCGGCUCUCGUUCACUUUACUUAUUACAUUACAUAUUAUGUAUUUGGUACUUUGAAAUCCUUCAGGGGUAGCAUUCAUUCAUCGUUUGCGAAGUUUCUCGUGUCAUACCAUGUUUUCCCUGUGUUACUGGUCUUCUUCUAAACUAUAAAACUUAAAUUGUUGAUAAUUAAUGAAACUGUUUUGCUCCCAAACUUGAUAGAUUGAUCACUAUAUAGGAAACAUAAUGACAGCUAUGAAUUUUCAACAGGACUGGAUAUCUUCUUUCCACAUUAAGUGAAAAACUGUAGGAAUCAGUAUUGGAAUAAAAACAGUUUUUGGGGCAAUACAUUCUCUUCUCAUGGUUAUACUAAGGAUAAGGUUAUGAUAUCAACACAUGGCAUCUAAUUAAUGUACAUUUGAUUACAGUCUGAUGAUUGAAUUCCUUGCUGCUUUAUGUGGCAAGUUACUUGAAUGAUUUUUGUUAGUUCCAUUUCUUUUUCUACGUGGCCAUUCCCCUUUCUUCCCUCCUUUUAAUCAACCAUGUUAGCGAUUAAUUUGAUGUCUGCUGUUAUCUACUCAACACUAAUGCCUGCUCAUCACAUCCCAACCUAUUAGCAGUGCAGCUGAUCUAUUUCUGGGACAAAGCAUGCGGCCAUUUUCACAGCCUGAAAUGCUUUUGAUAUGUUCUUGUGGAAGAAACAUGAAGGUGAUGGAAAGUCCUCCAACCAUGGUGGUCUAUGAUUUCUGGUUUCCUUUCUGGAACUGCAGAUCCAGUUUGCACAGGCCAAUUUGAUGUUGUCAGAACAAGGCUGAUGGUUCAAAGCCGAGACGGGGAUGAAUUGAAAUGCAAAGGCUUAGUUCAUGCUAUCACAACAAUCUGUGCCGAGGAGGGGUGUCUUGCCUUGUGGAAAGGGAUCACUGCCUAGGCUUAUGAGAAUACCACCUGAUCAGGCCAUUAUGUGAGCUUUACCUGGCAAAACUACUGGUCUUUAUGAGAGGAGAUAUCCAGACAAUGCAUCUUUGAUGGUAUUGCAUGUAUUGUUUUGCUUAAUCUGGUUUUGAAGUCCACUGCAAGCAUAAAUUCAUAAAUUCCUAACUUUUCCUUCUUGA